GACAGGAAGCUGCCCCCGGCGGGGUCCACGGGUUUACCCGGGUCCGGGGCAGGUCACGCCCCGGGGGAGGGAGAGGGGGAGGGGGGUAAACAGCCCGUGCGAGCUGCGGUCACUGCCUUCCCCGCCGACCCGGGAACAGCCCCGCGACAGUGACCGCAGCUGCUGGACGGGGAACUUUGCAAGUCCGGACCGGGGUAGAUGCGCUGUUGCCCAGUUUAAAGGGUAGAAGAAGCAGUGAAUUUGUUUAUGGGAAUCUCAAAAGCAGCAUCAGUGAAUUCACACUGGCGAGGAGCUGUCCACUUUCUGAGGCAGAGACAGAGCCCAGACCAUCUUCCUUCAGUCCUCCUGCUUGCGGAUACAUCAGUGAGAGGAGCUCAUUCAUCUGUCAACGUUUGCGCAGGGAUUGUCUCCAUUAUCCAGCCUGAUGACACACCAGACCGGGGAGAGGCCGUUCGUCUGCUCCACGUGUGGGAAGAGAUUCAAUCAGUCGACCAAUCUGCAGGCACACCAGCGAGUUCACACUGGCGAGAGGCCGUUCACCUGCUCGAUGUGUGGGAAGGGGUUCACUCAGUUAUCCAGCCUGGUGAAUCACCAGCGGGUUCACACCGGGGAGCGGCCAUUCAUCUGCUCCGAGUGCGGGAAGAGAUUCACUCAGCUGUCCCACUUGCGGGCGCACCAGCGAGUUCACACCGGGGAGAGACCGUUCACCUGCGCUGAGUGCGGGAAGAGAUUCAGUCAGUCGUCCAAUUUGCGGGCACACCAGCGCGUUCACACUGGGGAGAAACCGUUUGCCUGCUCGACGUGCGGGAAGGAAUACGCUCAGUUAACCGGACUGAUGAUGCACCAGCGAGUCCACACCGGGGAGAGGCCGUUCAUCUGCUCCGAGUGCGGACUGCGAUUCACUCGGUCGUCCCAAUUGAAGGGGCACCAGCGAGUUCACACCGGGGAGAAACCGUUCACCUGCGCGACCUGCGGGAAGGGGUUUGCUUGGUCAAACAACCUGGUGAUACACACGCGGAUUCACACCGGGGAGAGGCCGUUCACCUGCUCUGACUGUGGGAAGGGAUUCACUAGAUCAAACGAGCUGGUCAUUCACCAGCGGGUUCACACCGGGGAGAGGCCGUUCAUCUGCUCGACGUGCGGGCGGGGGUUCACCCAUUCAUCCAUAUUGCGGGCGCACCAGCGAAUCCACACCGGCGAGCGGCCAUUCCCCUGCUCGACGUGCGGGAAGCGAUUCCGUCAGUCCACUGACCUGCUGAACCACCAGCGCAUUCAUGCUGCGGAGGAAGACUGACCACUGCUCCCGAAAUGCAACACAAGUUCGCAAGAGUUGCAGGACGUCGGUUUCCACCGAUGCUGCCGAUCACACCCCAGGGCUGAGCCCCGUUCGUUGGGAACACUGCGAUACGAUUGGAUAUUCUGGAUCUGUGAUUGAAAUAAAACAGUUCUGUUCGAAACGGUUUAUCCAAG